CCCAAUUUCUCCAUCUAGCCUUUCAUUUUAAGUUUCUCAAUCAUUUAUCCUACCCGCCCAAGUCUCUACAGAUCGCAGAUAGGACAUUUAGAGGCCGUUACAAGCCGCCCAUUUGCCAGUAUGGCCUCUUCAAGGCUGGGAGCUUUUAUCGACUUCAACAGCUCUUCUCAAAUCUCGAGCCCGCCCGCCGCAGCGCAAAAUUAUAAACAGGAUGCUCGUCCAUCAACUCACGAAUUAAAUGAGAUCCGGCUCCAACAGACCUCAAAAGUGGCUCCCAAGCCCAUGAAACCCACCACAAGUGGUCUCUCAACGCCCCCGCCUACACCCAGCCUAUUGGAAAAUCGCCUGUCAACUCCACCCGCGAAUGAUGUCACGGAAUGGGCUGCAGAUCGCACGGUCACGUCGUGGAAGACCAAAUGGCGACUGUUGAGUUGCUGUCUGGUCUAUUUCGGCAAUGGCAUGAACGACAGUGCCCCCGCACCAGUUACACAUGCCAUCGAGAGCAAGCUGGGCCGGUCCAAAAGCUAUGCGUUCGCCAUGUCGCUCCUGGUAGGCAGCUAUGUGAUCAUCAUCUUCCAACCGCCGUUUCCCGUCGUCGUAGCAUGUUUCUUUUUGCUUGGGUUCGGCAUGGCACUCAGCUUGGCCCUGGGCAAUGUAUACUGUGCCAACUUGCCGAAUUCCAUUACGGCUUUGAGCUGCUCUCAUGGCUCUUAUGGUCUUGGAGCUACGGUAGCACCAUUGUUCGCAACUGCAAUGGUGUCAAGUGGGAUCCGCUGGUCGCUGUUCUAUACCGUCUCGUUGGCUAUUUCUCUGAUCAAUCUUGGCUUUUCCUGGUGGGCAUUCUUGGACUUUGAGAAUGAUCCUCCUGCCGAGUUUCUACAGCCAACGGCAUCACGUCCGGCGGCCCACAGUGAGCCCUUGACGAGGAAACGGCUGGUUAAAAUGGCCAUUCGCAACCGCACGACCUUGCUCGGAGCCCUUUUCAUCUUUGCCUACCAAGGCGCCGAAGUCUCCACCUCUGGCUGGGUUGUCUCUUUCCUCAUCAGUUACCGGCAUGGCGACCCCUCCCGGGUUGGAUAUGUCAGCGCAGGCUUUUGGGCGGGCAUUACUGUCGGCCGAUUCCUGUUGGGCUACCCUGCCGCCAAACUGGGUCACAAGAUCGCGGUCGUGAUCAUGGUGGCAGGCGCCGUGGCCUUCCAAUUGAUGACCUGGUUAAUCCCGAAUGUGGUCGGGGAGGCCGUGUCGGUCGCAAUCCUGGGUCUACUGCUAGGCCCCGUGUACCCGAGUGCUACGGCCGUGUUCACACAGCUGCUCCCGCGGAACAUGCACAUCACGAGUCUCAGCUUCAUUAGUGCUCUUGGCAGCAGUGGGGGUGCAGUCGCGCCCUUCUUUACCGGAAUACUCGCCCAGAAUGUGGGGACUAUGGUACUACAUCCGAUCUGUAUUGGCUUGUACGGAGUGAUGGCGACUAGUUGGCUUCUUUUGCCGAAAAUUUCUAAGCGAUCCGAGUAAGAGUUUUGUGGAGAUGGGCGGUUGGCGGAACGUGCUGUAAACUCGUACGGGUACAACACCCCCUUUGAUUUGGACUGGGCCCCAGAUCGGGGUCCGGCUGACUGGAGAUGAGAUCUUAUCAGCGCUAGGGCUGGGAAUGUACGUGCUGUGUGCAUGAGCAUCUGGACCGAUUUGGAGGGCUUGAGCCUUUGUUCUCUAUCGGGCUUAAGUGGCAUGUUAGGUGCUCGUGCAUAUAUGUACUUCUCGGGUUCUAUAGAGUGGAGGGGCUUAAGACUCGUCACAAGGUUUGGGCUGUCUAAAGCUUGUCUCUUAAUGGCGACAAUGGGUCUAGCCAAGCUCGUUUAGGGUUACAUCUAAUUUGAAGUUCUAUGUGAUUCUUUGCUCUGAAGGCAGAACUAACUACCUGUUUUGUGUGCCAGUGACUAUUAUUAGUGUUGUUACGAUGGCGCCACUUUGGACCCUGUUCUGGCUAACCUUAAAUCCGUC